CCAGUCCCACUUGCAACGUGCCGGCGUUGAAGAUGUCGGUGUUGCCUCGCUCUUGACAGACACUUCUGCUGUGUUGCUGUGUUGCCGCACCGUCUCAUGGAUGGCUUCACUCAGCGCAGCCAACAGCAAACUCCGCCGCCCGAGAGCGGAGAUGUUGCGACCUUGACAAUGCUCAGUGCUCAGCAUGCUGUUGAGCACGACUGGACUGAAGACCUGCCCAAGACGGACCAUGUGCGCUUCUUUAGGGAAACCGACUGGAGCAAGAGUAGUCUUGGACCACUGAGUACGUGGUCGCCAACCUUGCGACUCUUCACAGGGUUCGUACUGGCCGAUUCGCGCGCAGCGUGCCUAUGGUGGGGCAAAGACUUAGUCGCCGUAUACAAUGAACACUACGCACCGCUUGCUUGCAAAGCUCACCCAAAACUUAUGGGAUCAACCUUCCAGCAAGGCUAUCCGGAGCUAUGGAGCGGUAUCCAACCAUUCUUCGAGCAAUGCAGGACAACGGCUGCCGGCGUAAACUACUCUUCAGACGCAUCACUGCUAGUAGAGCGCAAAGGGUGGCGCGAAGAGACAUUUUUCAACGGCAACUUCGUGCCAGUGGGCCCUGCGUAUGCGCCAGAGGGUUUCUACAACUCUAUGUUCGAAGUCACGCAACAGAAGCUCGAUGAACGCCGCACGAUGAUGCUCAACGCCCUCACAUCGGUACCGAUCCUUACUGUCGAUGCCGUUUCCGAUCAUAUACUCGCGACCCUGAAGACGAAUACCCACGAUGUGCCCAUGGCGCUGCUGUACAGGAUACAUGAUGGAACGAAGGCAGGCAAGUUGCAUCUGGAAGGCCAUAUUGGAAUACCUGAGGGGCAUGAUCUACUUGCUGACCAUAUAUCGACCGAGAGUGAAGAAGGAUUGGCUCCAGACUUACGGCGCGCUGGUACUGAGAUGUUGACAAUCCACUGCGACAAGCGAUUCGAUGGGCUACAAUGGCAAGGUUGGCGUGGGCGAUCAGAGCAGAUUGUUAUUAUGCCUUUGACAAGUGGUACGCGUCUCUUUGGAUACUUGGUCGCCGGACCGAAUCCCUUUCGGCCAUACGAUACGCACUGCGAGCAAUUUCACCGAGACCUCAGACAUAUGAUCUCGAGCAUGAUAUCUUCGGCCUUGGACUCCGAAUCUUCCAAGAAACGUCAGGAGCAACUCGAAGCAGACCUGGCUUUCAGCGAUCUGAAGCUUCGACAUUUGAUCAGUCAUGCGUCAGUGGGCAUGUGCCAUGUAUCGCUGCAAGGAGAUAUGUUGUGGGCGAACGAUCACUACUACGAACUAGCUGGGAAAAACGCCGCUCAACACACGCAGCCUUUUGCAUUCCUCGAUGUAUACUACGACAGCUACCGAUCAAAGGCAGUGGGUGUCUGGGACAAACUCUUAGCAGGUGGAGAUCACGUUACGGCUGAACUGCGUGUGAAGCGCCAAUACAAACCACCUGUUGGCGACUCUGAGCCAGCUCACAUCCAUAUCAUGGCCUUCCCUUACCGCGAGAACGGUGAGAUCAAGUCCAUCAUGGCCUGUACAACCGACAUCUCCAGAUUGAAAUGGGCACAGAGCUUUCAAGCUCGAUUAGCAGCAGAAGCUCGCGAAGCUAAGCGACAGCAGGAAGCGUUUAUCGAUGUUGUAUCGCACGAGAUGCGCAAUCCUCUGAGCGCCAUCGUUCAUUGCGCAGAUGCCAUCACAUCUGCGAUUGAAGAAUGCCAGGCUCAGCUCUCAAAAAUUCCCGAGCCGUGCAUGGAUGCACUGAACGACAAUAUUGCGUCAGCAAAUAUCAUCUUACAGUGCGCCAAUCACCAAAAACGCAUCAUCGACGACGUUCUUACGCUCAGCAAACUCGACUCCAUGUUACUCUCGAUCACCCCAACUCCCGUCAAGCCUGCAAAGUUAGCCAAUUCGAUCGUCAAUAUCUUCGAAGCCGAACUGAAGAAUAACCAAAUCAACUACAGCGUCUUUGACGACCAGUCUUUAACAAGGCUCAAUGUCGACCAUCUCCUGCUGGAUCCGUCACGAGUAACACAAGUCUUCAUCAACCUUCUCACCAAUGCUAUCAAGUUUGUAAAGCCCUCCAGCAACCCCCGCAUUGAGAUCCACUUCGGCGCCUGCCUCCACAACCCUCGCGAUCUUUUUCCCUCCGACAUGUUCUGGGCCACAGCUAGUAAUCUCGACAACGACGUCACAAGGAGUCCAGAAUGGGGCACCGGAGAAGAAGUAUACCUUGCCUUCAGUGUGAAGGACUCUGGCAUUGGUCUCAAAGACAAGGAAAUUCACAACAUCUUCGAGCGCUUCAAGCAAGCUAACGUCAAAACUCAUGUCAAAUAUGGCGGUAGCGGUCUUGGCUUGUUCAUCUCAAAGGAACUCACUGAGAAGCAAGGUGGUGAGAUUGGUGUCUCUUCUGUACUUGGUCAAGGCUCUACGUUUGGUUUUUACGUGAAGACGAGAAGAGCAGAGCAUAGACCGCAGACCAUUAGUGAACUGUACAACGAGUUUGGAAAGAAGAGAGUCCAGCAAGCAUUGCAGGUGCUUCUUGUAGAGGACAAUCUGAUCAACCAGAAAGUCCUUGGGAAGCAGCUCAAGAGAGCAGGUUGUGUGGUCAGUGUCGCAAACCACGGUCUGGAAGCAUUGCAUGUUCUGGAGAAAGAGACAUUUGAUGUCGUGCUCAUGGACCUGGAAAUGCCUGUCCUCGACGGCCUGGCUGCGAUGCGCAAGAUUCGCGAGAAAGAGGUUGCCGAAGAGGGCCUGCUGGGAGAGGCUAUGAAGCUGGGUGCAAGAGGAGGAGACCGAUUGCCAAUCAUCGCCGUCACUGCCAAUGUCAGGAAAGAGCAGAUUGAUGCUGCAAUGACCGCUGGUGCGGACAGGGUCAUGCAGAAGCCAUUCAAAGCUGCGGACCUUGUUUACAUGAUGAAGAGUUUGUUGCCGCAAGUCCCGACGCCGAGGACCGAUCUACCGACACCUGGGUUGACUGACAAGGGCGAUGGACUGAUCCCAUGAAGGAACAGCCUCAUUUUCGACGAGUUUGACCUUUCGAGAGGUUAAGGAACACAUUAUUGCAGACCACCGAUGAGCAGUCCGUUACCGGCUGCACAACACACCGGCCAACGGACGGCCUCGUUAAUUCCGAUUACCUAUGAUAGCCACCAAGGCAUACUAGCAUACGCACACAAUGGAUGGCCGGAGCAGAUUCCGAGCACCCGUCGAGUGUAGCGGGUGUCGUUUGAAGAUAUAGCGCACUUCAGGGGAAGCAAUGCAUGACUUUUAAGGUCAAGCAUACAUGUAGGAAUGAAGACGGCCGAGAGAGGGCAAUCUUGUUAUUUUUAGCCGGGUGAGUAAUACAGUAUCAUGU